UAGCGGGAUACAGCAAUGGAAACUUGGUCAGUUGAUCAGGUCUGCAGUUGGUUGGUGGAGAAAAACUUAGGAGAGUUAGUUCAUAGGUUUCAAGAGGAAGAAGUAAGUGGGGCUGCGCUUCUAGCACUUAAUGAUCGGAUGGUUCAGCAACUGGUGAAGAAAAUUGGGCACCAAGCUGUUUUGAUGGAUUUAAUUAAAAAAUAUAAGCAGAAUAGUCAAGGACUGAAGUCCCCUGGAAGCCCCAGAGAGAUAGCCCCGACCAUGCAAACAGAAGCAGCUCUGGAUUACAGGGAUGAACCGUCCUUCAGUCCAGCCAGCCACGGGGAACAGAUGACAUCUUUCUAUCCAGCUGAAAGCCUUGAUAAUGGACUCAUUGACCAAAGAGUAUUAAAGCAGAGAAAAAAUAUGAAACAUAUUCUAGCAAGGAAUAAAGCCUUACAAUGGACCAAGUCCUAUGUUUUACCAGAGUUUCCCUAUGAUGUCAAAUGCAUGUUAGCAGAGCAGAAGUGUCCUGAUCACAGUAUGAGGAUAAAGAUCAUUGAGUUUCUCCAGGCUGACAUGACUAAGUAUCUGGAAGGUUCACUGUAUCCCACCACCCAGCAGUACAACGAUGUGGUCAACUCCCUGUUGCAGGCCCACCCUUUCCUGGACGAGGAUGGCUGUGGCUUUUUUUUAUGGAAACGAGCCCUCAAAGAUCGCUUUAAAUAUGUUCGAAGACCCAUAGAAGAUGAUGAACAAGUGAUGAGAAAUAAGUGUAAAUUUGGACACCGAAGAGGCCAGACAAGGAAAUCUCUUGCUGACAUAAGAUGCGGUGAAAUUAAAAUUGUCCAGAUAAAAGAAGAAGCUGUUUGUUUAUAUUCUGAGGUAGAUGACCAUAUUAACUGGCUCCAGCAAGAAUAUGUGAAAACAGAAAAGGACUGGAAUGAAAUUGACAGGAGGAUGAGCCAGACUUUGGAAAUAAGAAGAAAGAUGAUUGGCAGCAGAACACCUCUGAAGGACAUUCUUAAAAUGUUUCCUUUCUUGAUGUGCCCUUAUCAGAUGUUCAGAGAAUUCCAACUUCUUACAAGAACAGACAUUUAUAAGAAAACAAGAUAUAUUUUGGAAUCCUAUUCAGAAAAUAUACUGACUUCUUUUUCAGUGGUGGGCAAUCCAAUCAAUAUUGCAUUGCAAGAAAAAAUGAAACAGUAUACAGAUGAAGACAUGUUGAAAUAUAUGAAGAUGACAGCCACAUGUUUACUCCUCCCUGAUGUUUUUGGGGACGAUCCCAGCCUUUUUGUCGUUAUGAAUGAGAAGGUGCAAGUGUUCACGCCAGUGUUACAAGUUAAAAACCCUUUCAACAUUGAUGUCUGCGAAUUUUCUUUAUAUUUAGAAAAAGAGAGGCUCACAAAGGUGGACGACUGUGUUACAGCCUUGGCUGCUCUAGUAGCCGCCUUUCAUGUAUUUGGGAUCGAGUGUCCAAGAAGAUUGUCCCAAACUCUCAACUUCCUAGAGAUGCUGAUUUUUGAUAUGCACAGUCCCUGUUUUCCUUCUUUGAAAGAAAAGGAAAAGGAAUUAGAAUUUCAACACCCGGUCUCUUAA